AUGAAAAACAUUGUGAGUGACCUUGCUGUGAAGCGAUCUGUUGAAGCCCUAUAUACUGGUGGAGUAAUAGAAUGGAGUGCAGAUGGAAGCACAUUGUAUUCGACCUGCACAAAUGUGGUGAAGGUCAUCAAUCUGGAUGAGAAUCUUUCUUGUCACACCAUUGGAGACCCCGAAGAAAGUCUACGGAUAACUUGUAUCUGCUUAGACAAGAAUCGCUCUCGACUGCUUGUGGCUUACACCAAUUAUGUGAUUCGUGAAUUUUCGCUGGAUGGUUCAAAUGCUGUAGCUCGGAUGUGGAAAACUAUGCAUACUGCACCAAUUUUAUCCAUGAAAUUCAAUCAAGAUGGAACUCUGCUAGCGACUGGUUCAGCGGAUCAUUCUGUGAAGGUAAACAGUGAUAGUUCUACUUGA